AUGCCUGGCCCUAUCCCUAUCCCUAUUCCCAGAGCUGGCCGUUCGUGUUCCCGUUCGAGAGGAACCGACUGCUCCCUCCCGCCCCCUCCCGCAGCUGGCAAAGGUCUCCCCACCCCCAACCCGGAAUCAGCCUUCCUCUUCCCCAACUCCUCCAACUCCUCCAACCCCGGCUCCCGCCGACUCCCCCGUCUCGCAAGCCCAAACUUCCCGUCCCUCCUAACGAUCGUAGGCGGGCUCGGUCUCCCAUCCGGCUCAGUACGGGGGCGGAGUCCUGCUCUUGCUCUGGAGGUUUGGGCAGAAUGGGGAGGGGAAGGGGAGGGAGUGCGAGGUUGUCUUUGGGCUUGGGAGGGAGCAGCGGAUGAGGGGAAGGGCGAGGGUCGGGAGGGAGGAGCGGACUUGUUCCUCGCAGGGGAGAUCUUCCCCCCUCCCCCUCCUCCUCCAACAGCUCCAGCUUCAGGGGCAGACCGCUGA